AUGGUUUCUGAUCAACAUUUCGAGAAACUCGUCAAUAAUGGAAGAAAGCAGAUUACAUCAGUUACGUUUUUUAUCUUUCUCUUUGCCGGACAUGUCUUCAGUAUCAAAAACGACUUAUUCCGACAAAUCCUGGAUAAUACACCAAUGUUUGCCUUACUUGCGUCAAAUGAUUAUCAAUCUAAAGCCAAAAGUGUCGAACUGUUUCAACUUGCAUCAGUAACGAUCCAGAUACCAAGGAUUUCUAUCUCAUCCAAGACUUGCGGUCCAUUGCGUCCGCAUGUAAAUAAAAAUUUGAUAUCUUUUGUAAUUAUAGGAAAUGAAGAUGUGAAUAGUAUAUUGGAAACUGUGAAAAUCGCCUUGAAAGGUCUGCAUGAGGCUCGCGUAGUAUUUGUUGUCAUAUCUGAAAUAUCAAGUGAAUUGCUACAGAAAAUAGUCUCCUGGUGUUGGAUUCAUCGAAUGAUAAAUGUUCUGAUAUUAACGGAAAAACCAUCAAAUCGAACACUUGAUUAUGAAAUAUUUUCAUUUAAUCCUUUCCCAUCACUAACUAUUCAAAAAAUUCCAAACAAUUCUCCCUUUAAAGUUCUCUUUCCGGAUAAAGUUGAAGAUCUAAAAGGAUUUCCUAUUCGUACAGUGCAAAAGUACGAUCAUCCUCGUUCCUUCAAAUACAUCAGUAGGAAGGGACACGAAAAGAUCGGAGGAUACUUAUGGAAAGCAAUGACCACAUGGAUUUCCCACCACAAUGGAAAACUUGAAAUUGUGGAUCGAAAUACUUCUGAUGUCUUCAACCGGAUGCAAGUGAUGAAAUACUUGCAAACGGGUCAAAUUGAUUUGGUCCCGCAUUUUCUAUCAGUAGACACAGAACAGACACAGAAUAUUACAAGCAGUAAUUAUAUCUUUUUCGCAAAAAGUUGCCUUAUUGUUCCACAAAGUUCACAACUUUUUCCUGGAAUGUAUCUUUUCUUGCCGUUCCAUCUAGAUGUUUGGUAUGUGAUAAUUUUCGCUACAUUUUACAUUUCACUUGUUGAGUCCAUCUGUAUAUUCAUAGUACAUGGAAAAUUUGACCUAAUGGAGUCCUUUUGUAAUGUUAUCCUUGGAAUUUCAUAUCAGGCUUCCAAUCAGAAGUAUUUUAAGUACCGCCCCUACCUCGUCGUUCACGUCCAGUUGAUGAUCUUGGGUUUUAUCCUGACAAAUCUCUAUCUAGCACUUCUAUCAAGUUUUCUUACUGCAACAGUCUAUGAGGCACAGGCGGACACUUAUGAGGAUAUUGAUAAAUCUGGAGUAAAGGUAAUGAUCGAAAAGGAUGUAAUCGGCUUCUUUUUGAAUACGAAAAUUCCUCUGAAAUGGAAACAUGUCUUUUAUGGAACAGAUAGAAAAACAUAUACAGAAAGUUUGCGUAACAUCAAUCCUAAAUAUGGAUAUUUCCUCACUAUCGAUAAGUUUCUGGUAAUAGAUUCUUUUCAAAAGCCUUUGAAGAGACCAAUAUUCCAUCUAACUAGCAUUGAGCUCGGAGGCAGUUGGGCAGGAUUGACAGUUCGAGAUGAUUUGGUGUUUCUAGAUUCUUUGAACAGAUUCGUUACAAGGACCUUCGACAUUGGCCUACGCGAGAAAUGGUUGAAAGAUAUUCUUCCGGAGAGCAUUGAGGCUGUGUUAAUUGUUACUAAUGUUAAAGUGUCAAUUGUUACUAAAAAUAAAGAGGUGGACGCUUCAGGUUAG